ACGGCGAGGCUUCUCCGGCGAACGGCAAGGCGAUUCUCCAGCAACGGCGAGCCGAUUUCUUCCCGACGAAGCCCGGACCUCAACAACCGCCGGAGGCAGCUCCCCCCAUCCUCCUCCGCCUCGCCGAAAUGGUGGUCCCCGCUCUUCGGCUGGUCCUCCGAGCCGGACUACGUCGGGACGACGCCAGCGAGCCAGCCGGCGGCCGAUCAGGACGAGAAUCGGCCGGAUCUGGAUGCGAAGCAGGCCAGAUCUCGAUUCUCCCCGGGCUGCUUCACCGCCGAGAAGGCCAAGCAGCUCCGGAUGCUGACCUCGGGGACGUCGGCGCACCACGACGCGAUGUACCACUCCGCCAUCGCCUCCCGCCUCGCCUCCGACUUCAACAGCAAGAACAGCAACAGCUCCUCCUAG